AUGCGCACUGCGAUUGUGCUCUCCAUCCUCUCCUUGGCCACACAAGUUGUCGGCCUCCACGAUGUUCAAGCGCCGUUCUCUGCCGCGGACGCCGUCGACCGGCCAGCAGCGUUAGACAAGAAGCGAGAACUCAAGGGCCGCUUCCUCCACAUCACCGACCUUCACCCCGACCCUUUCUACAAGGAGGGCGCUACGUUCGGCUCCUCCUGUCAUCUGAAGCCGGGAGAGAAGCCCCACUCCGGCUCCGCCAAGGGCCAGUGGAAGCGUCGCCUCGACUUCUACGGCGACGAGCGUGACGACGACGCCGAGUUCGACUUUGGCGAGGAAGACUUCAACACCACCGAUGUCGACUCCUCCCGCAACUACCGCAAGUCCGACACCGCCGGCAAGUACGGCAACAUUCUCUCGGACUGUGACUCGCCACAGGCUCUCAUUGACCUGACCUUUGACUGGCUCAAGAAGGAAUGGGUCGACGAGAUCGACUUCGUUGUCUGGACCGGAGACAGUGCCCGUCAUGACAGUGACCGUAACCUUCCCCGAUCGCCCAAGGAGAUCUUCAAUCUGAACCAGCAGAUGGCUCAGAAGAUGCUCGACACGUUCGGCAAGCAUGUCCCCAUCAUUCCUACCAUGGGCAACAACGACAUCUGGCCGCACAACAUUAUUCUGCCCGGCCCCAACCGUGUCACGGAGGAGCUCCUGCGGUGA